CAUUACAUAUUCAAAGAUCCUCUCCGUGCCUGCUGCAAUAAAGGCAGAUAGCGGACCAUGGGGAGCAGGGGAAAACUUUUUAUACUGACAUGUUAGCGCAAUGACUUUUGAGAAACAUCUGACUGGGACGAGGCUCCCGGCGUGAGGAGGACAGGGCCCUUUACGGCAAGAAAAGAGGAGCUCUUGCCAUCAGCCGGGGUACGGGAACGAAAAGCAAGACGGCAAAAGAGUUGAGACCAGUCCAAGAAUCAGCGGUGGAAAAUCCAGUUUAGCCAUUUGAAUUGAAAGAUGAGCUUGUUGUCUGCCAUAGACACGAGUGCCUCCGUGUACCAGCCUGCGCAACUUCUCAACUGGGUCUAUCUUUCCUUACAAGACCCCCACCAGACCAGCGCUUUUGACGCGUUCAGACCCGAACCCAACUCUUCCCACCCGGAUCUCAGCUUCAGCAAGACUCCCGGAGCGGCGGACUUGAGCUCUUCCCUGAACUCCAACUAUCUCAACAACUUCUUUCAGCUGCAGCGGAAUGAGGCCUUAAACAACAACGUGUAUAAGAAUGUGUCACCCUAUGGCUCCCUGAACAACAUCGUGGAUGGACUCAACUCCCUGACGGACCAUUUCUCAGACCUUUCCCUUUCUUCAGAGCCAAGAAAACCCAACAAAAGACCCCCGCCCAACUACUUGUGCCACCUGUGCUUCAACAAGGGCCAUUACAUCAAAGACUGCCCUCAGGCCAGACCCAAGGGUGAAGGGCUGACACCUUAUCAGGGGAAGAAGCGAUGCUUUGGAGAGUACAAGUGCCCCAAGUGUAAGAGGAAGUGGAUGAGCGGCAACUCCUGGGCCAACAUGGGACAAGAAUGCAUCAAAUGCCACAUCAACGUCUAUCCACACAAACAGCGUCCUUUAGAGAAGCCGGACGGCCUGGACGUUUCUGACCAGAGCAAGGAGCACCCGCAACACCUGUGUGAGAAAUGUAAAGUCCUGGGCUACUACUGCCGCCGUGUGCAAUAAUCAUCUUUACUCAGAGUCAGAGAGCAACUUUUGUGUCCCAAGUCCUAUCGCUCAUCCUCCAUCGAGGCUGUUAACAUCCUCCCUGCCCGAUUCACACCCAGGUUUCCCCUCGUCCCCUUAACCCGCACACAACAUGGCAUCCUUUCCUCCUCACGCUCUCCCCUCUGUCUUUCAGAAGCCUCAAGUAUAGACAGUAGCUCUAAUCCUCCCUUCUCUUUGACACCUUCCUUCUCUACCAAUGGCAAAUAAACCUCCUGUCCCACUUCUAAAACCACCAGUGUUCCACCAGUGGGACACAGAUUUUAGUUAUUAUGCCUCUUUAUUUUUUUCUAAUGACAGUAUUGAAGAUCACAUCCAGGAAUGAGAGGAACAUGUUAACUGUCUAAUGUCUAUCUUACGAAGUGCUCUUCAUCAAAAGCAAAAAAAAAAAAAAAACCUUGCCAAAAUCAGUGACUUUUAUGUCUCCUGUAUCACAUAACCACAUAACCCCACUGAUCCAACUCGAAGUUUAGCAACAGCUGAUCAUUGUAUUGAUGAAUUAGCUCCAGGCAUGUAUUUCAUUGGUGUCACUGACAGUAUUGGUCUCAAAAGAUUACCUCACCUUGGGGUUUGUUGGCUUUGUGUUUACAGAGAUCUGCCUUUCAUUUCCCUGCCAAGUGCAAGUGUGUGCUAAUGUGAUGAACAUUUAACCCGGGCCUCUCAUGAUGGUAUAAUGUAUAGGGAGUCUUGGAUGUCUUGCCGUAUUAGGGUCAACAGCACAUCUUAUUAACUGUGAAUUAACUGAGGGAUAAUGUGCCAUACAUCCCUAGCUUACAUUUGGCCUAUUUAUUUUCUUGUUUUCUAGUGUGCAAUUUGAAUUUUAACUGGGACAUAAAGAAAUGUUUUUUUUUGUAUGUAUGUAUAUCACAUUAUUGUGUAACUGCUUCCACGUGUCUUUAGAAACUACUGUAGGUUCAGUUGCGUAGAGUCGCUCCUCGUCUAGAUUUAGUGCAUUGCUAACAGAUAAGGUUUCAGUCAUCCUCCCUAGAAUAUGUUUGCUGCCACACAAAUUCUCAAUUAUCUAUAGUGUUGGAUAGGUACAGAUGUCAGAUAGGUAAGUUGUGUUCAUUUCAAAUCACAGGAGGCCCAAUUGGGAAGGAGCUGUAGGAAAACAACAGUAGUUCCAGUAAUAAUCUUUCCAUCCGCACAGUUUCUUGCCAGUGUCCAAUAUUCAAUUCUUUAAAGCAAAAAGAAAAAAAAUGGACUGCUUGCCAUAAUUGGAUUAUCAUUAUGAAACAUGAUUUUAGAGGUUAAACUGUUCACAUGUAAAGCCUUAUUAAAUUUUAACCACAAAUUAGUAAAACACAAAGGAGAUGUUUGCCUGAAAGAGAUUCAGAAAAGACAUCUAAGAUCGCAUUUUAUUGCCAGUUGAUGCUUGGAAGCCUUAGUGGAGUCAGUGAAGCUAAAUGGAAAAUUUUCCAAGGGCUUGCACCCUUCAAAACUGUGUCCAACAGCUGAUUGCGGUGUAAAGAGUGUCCACAGGGAGGUGAAUUUUCAGAAAACUGCAAUGAUUUUCAGAUUGGUUGAGAGAAACAAUAAGACUUAAUAUAGAAGGGCUGAUAUGUGAUGUGGUGAUGCUGAAGAUUCAAGGAUACACUGAAAGUGAUAAUGAAUUAAGUUUAUGCUUACAUUCAUUUUUAUGGGGCCUAAAAUCAUAAACCAAUGUCUUUAAAGAAAGUACACGUCCUGUUUACAUAGAUCACUGUGCAGACCUAAAGCACUACAGACGAAAUUAAUGUCGUUUUGACUUAUAGAAACCUGCCUUUCAAGGAACUUUGUUAUAGGAAUUGUGAACUAUUUUGUAUGUACUGUAUUUCUAGCCUUACAAAAGCUGGUUGACUAUAUUUUAUACUGUAACAUACUGUAUGUGCCUUAAAAAGAUUUAAAUCAUUCUGAAGUAUCGAGACUAGGAGGCCAUUUGAAAUAAGGAAAAGACAUGUGGAGAUAGGCUCAGAGUUGGAGCAGUAUUUGUGCAUGUGGCAACUGUGAUGAGUAGUAAGUCUAAUGCAGGUUCAAGAUGUGACAAAGGACAAGAAAAUGACACAGUUCCUCUAUUGGCAGUUUGAACUGGCAUGGUGGGUGUUCGCUUCAACACGGUUUGCAGAGUUGGAGGCACGGGCUGAACCAGCAUUUCCAGCUGGCAAUAACAAUCCUCCUGUGGUCUGUUGUCAUGGAAUAUCAACAAAGAUGUUAUUCCUUAGUCGAUCCUCACAACAGAAUGGAGUCGCACAUGAAACUGUGGACCUCACUCUUUGUUUUUUCUAUCUAUUGUAGUUAUGUUUAUCCAAGGAACCAUGGGUUUUUCAAAAAAUAUACAUGGUCACUUGCCUUAGUAGGAGAGCUUGCAGUGGCUGAUAACGGUACCUUACAGUUUUGGGAAAAGAUCAUUUAGCUAGAUUCCAUCUCUAAAGGGGGCACUCCUGCGAUUUAGCACUGAAGUUUCACAAAGUUGGGAGGCUUCCAAGAGACACUAAAGACAAAGUCUAAAUCAAUACAGCUGAGCCUGAGAUAUCCUUACUUUUAGUACCUAGUAUGGCUUAAGCUCCAAAAAUGCUUGGAUCCUACAUUUCCCAUAAUACAGCUUAAUAUCAUCAGAGCAGAGAUAACCCUGAUGACAUCACUAUGACAGGGUUAUUUUCUCAAACUUGACAAAGCUCCUCGAGAGCCACAUACAACAAUUUUCACAGUCCGAGUAGUACUCCCUGUGACGAGUAACAUGGACUUCAUGAGCAAAAUUGGUGGAGUGCCCCAUUAAAAGAAGGAAUUGGCAGUUGUGCAUAUGUAUUAUCACAAGCUUAAGACCUAACUGAACGAAAGGUUCUCCUUUUAGCCGCCACUGCUGGGAACAAUCCAUGUUUCUUACUGUUAACAUCGUCUUUCUUUUGCUUCGUGUGAUGAGACUAACCUAGCAGGCCUUUACAUCUGAACCUUAUUGUCCACAUCAUACCAUGUGGCUGUAGUGAGAGGAACAGAUACCAAUGAUGCCUUAUGAACUAACCUCAUAAACAAGUAACAAUGUUAUUGUGAUUCACAGAGUUCUGGUAAAAACAGAAAUGAGAAAUCCUGUUGGAGAGUUUGAUUCCGCCCAGAGACAUGUUAUGAGGAGGCCAUUUUAAAUGGCGAAUCAAGAGCCAAUGGAAGCAGCUGAUACAACACAUUUGAAAAAAAAAAGAAGAAGAAAUCACUGCUUUCAGACAUAGUGUCUUGAAUUACAUAUACUUGACUUUUCUAGUACCUUUUCAGUUCAAAUUUGUUAUUUUCUAUGAAUGAGAUGUGUAUUUUGGAACACUUAAUAGAUGUUGAAAAUUUUAAAGCAAUCUGCAAAAACUCAAGAGUUCUUUCCCUGACAAAGAUAAGACUGUUUUAUGUAUAUAUUUGAUGGCCAUCAUUUUCAAGGAUAGUAGCUCUUUUGAGGUGUUAUGCAAUAUUGAAGCUUUUUUGUGUGUGAAGAAGGGCCUAUUGCUGAGAAAUAAACAAAGCUGGGAGUUUUCUUUUUUUUUGUUUUUUGUUUUCUUUAUGUUUUACAAUAAUCUGAGGGGUUAUCCUGCAGAAAUAUUUAUGGAAAGAUUUUUUACAACACUUUUUGUAUAGAAUAUGCAACAAAGUUACACUAAGAAGGAAAUAUUGAUGUCUACAUAGAAUAUUAUUAAAAAAAAAAAAGCUGGUACAUAAUUAAUACCCUUUCUCAAUUAUAAGCCAUUGUAUUUUGUGUUUUGUUUUAUGAUGUUAUCAGUGUUGAAUAACCCACAAUGUUAUUCAGUUGCUAUUUGUAACUAAUUAUGAGCUGCCAUUUACAUCCAUACAGUCGCAUGUAUUCAUUUUGUAAACAGUAACGACAAUAUUAUGAAGAUUAUAUUGUGUUAACAUGCAGAAAUCUUUUUUUUUUCUCAAUUAGUGACGGAUACUCACCACUGUAUAAGCACAUUAAACUGUGAGAUGUAGUUUGCUUAAAGCAGCAAUGACAAGAAACUAUUAUAAAAUGUUAUGGUGUUAUUAGUAGUUUAGGGAGUGUAUACUUUUGUCAAGAAAGCGUGUGUGACAAAGAACUAUUUUAGAGUUUGCAUGUGCAUGUGUUUGGUUUUGAAUGAAAUAUAAUUUUGUGCAAUGUAUACUUAUUUAAAUACUUUACGGUAGUUCGCUUCAGUACAUACUGUUUUUAACAUUAUCAGCAACUUCUGAUUGUUAUUAGUCGUGACGUAUUUCAUUUACCGCUAGUGUAGCCUCUACAAAUAAUACAUAUUUACUGAAUGUAAUGUGUUAACACUUAAUGUGGUCAAUUUGGAAAGUUAUGUUUGUAUUCUUUACUGUCUAUAUCACUUGAGAUGUUUGUAAUGCAGUAUUGCAAUAAUGUAAUAUUUGAAUUGGACAGAACACAGACGUGAGGUUAGGAAGACAAUGAUUUUGGGAAACAAGGACAGUCAUGGUUUAGAGAGUAGACCACGGGUCUGUUUUUCAUGUCCAUGAAACGGCAUUCCAAAAUGUGCCUUAUUUGUUAGUUGGGAAAACAUUUUAGCGCUAUAGAGCUGUUGAGAGUUUGAUGAAUAAAAGUCAUAUUGAAUUAGGA